GAGAGAGAGGCUCCGAGGUACUACAGUGAUGAGGCAGUUAUAACUGAGACAGAUGAGAGAAGGAGCAAGAGAGUAGAGAUUCUGAGUGAGUCACAGGAGGGCAGACAGGCACAGAGAGGGAGCUCAGAGCACUCUGCCAUCCCAAGAAAGACCUGCCCAGCUGGACUCUUCAUCAUGAGCAUGAGGGAGACCUGUGCCCAGGAAGUGGGGCCAGGGGAUGGGGUGGAAAAGCAGAGUGAAGGCACUCAGAAUUUGGACAGGAGGCAGCACGAGGUGGAGCUGCGGGAUAAAGCCAUCCUACAACAGAAGAGGCGCCUGAAACAGGCUACCCAGUUUGUGCACAAGGAUUCUGCUGACCUGCUGCCCCUGGAUGGCUUGAAGAGGCUGGGCACCUCCAAGGAUCUGCAGCCACACAGUGUGGUACAACGGCGCCUCCUGGAGGGGAAUCUGAACAAGCUGCGGGGGGAGAGCAGGGAAUAUACCACAUGGGUUCAAUCCCCACUGGUGAAGGACAAGGAUGACAGGGCAGAAGAGAAUGACAGAAGAAAAGAGACUGUGUCCCUGCUCAUACACUGCAAGUGCCAAGGUCAGGUACUGAGAGCUGCUGUUAACACUGGCUGCCAGCAAAACCUCAUCUCCAUGAGCUGUCUGAAACGGCUGGGGCUGGAGGAAGUGUCCGAUGCUGGCAAUGGGGAUCUCUCCCUUCCUGUCCCUAGUGUCAUUGGCCAGGUGGAGUGUGUGGAGGUGCAGCUUGGCCAGGAGACGGUGGUGUGCUCGGCGCUGGUCGUGGAUGAUGAAAUGCUGGAGUUCUGUUUCGGCCUCCAGACUCUGCUGUCUCUCAAGUGCUGCAUCGACUUGGAGGAAGGAGUCCUGCGACUGAAAGCACUGAGUGAAGAGCUGCCUUUCUUACAUGCCUCUGACGAGCAUGGGCAGUGAUGGGCCGGCUCCCCAUGUCCACAGGGAGAAGACUCUAUGGCUUAGCGGGGAAACCUGCGGCUCGGGCUGACACACUUGGACCUUGCUGAGUCCUGCGCUGAGGCUUCCAAGGGGGAGUGAGGAGGUAAACGGGAGCUGUCCCACUGUUGAUGCAAGCUGGCCUCUUGUAUGGAGAGUUCUUCCUCCCUGCAAUGGACCCGCCUGCUUGUCCCCAUAUGCUGAGUGGAUAUUCGUUCUCAUUUCUCUCUAUGUCCCCAUUCUCUGUCUGGUUUCUGCUUCUGCCCUUUUAGUGACUUCUUUUUACACUGCCAUGUAUUGAUAACACAGGAAGUGGCACUGCAAGCAGUCUCCAAGUGUUCUGCCUGCACAGAGAUGGUGGCUUCUUCUAAAGCCUCUGAAGAGUAUUUUAAAAGUUUCCCUCCCCUUUUGGCCGCAGAUCGACCUGGACAGGAGGCCUCUCUUUCCCUUGCUGCAUGGGAAGGGCCCUUUAGCCAAUUCUCCCUGUCCUCUGGAGAGCUGGAUUUCAUUACCCUGCACUGGCUCAGAUCAGUCUGGAAGGAUUUUACUGGAAGCAGCUUAAAUUGCAGUCACUGCAUUUUGAGAGUUUUCAUUCAAAGCACGAAGACUUCUAGGAAGUGCUGAGCUGAAACAUCCUGGGAGCGUUGAGCAUACACAGGCGUCAGGCCUGGCCAGCCAGCCUUAGCUACUAGACUCUGUAUUGUAUGAGCUCAAGUGCUAGUCUCUCCCCGUUAACCGUAGUAACUGGGCUGACACCCCUUCCAGCCAUGAGCUCCCAUCACCAGAUUUAUACACCCAUCAACUCUGCUUCUUCACUCUGAGCUCCAGGGAUUCAACUUAGAUACCACGUGAAUUCCAGGCCUACACCUGCCAUCAGCUCUACUCCUGGUCCCUGGCGAUUCAACACAGAGACACCAUCAGCUUCAACCAUUGGACUUCCACACCCCACUGACUACGUCUCCUGCAUGAAAGCAAAGAACCUGACUCAUUCCCGGUAUCAGCUCAGGUCACAGAGUUACAAACUCAUCUGGGAUGGACAGGACCUUUGCUAGGUCACUUAGUCAUUUCUUCUUCAUACAAGCAGGCUUGAUUUCAUUACUCUAAAAACAUUGAUGAUAGAUGAGUAUGUAGUCUCAAGGGACAGACACACCACCACCAUUCUGGGCAGCUCGCGCCAUUCCCAAAUGGAUGUAUUGGUUAAUUUUAGUUUCUAAUCUUUGACUAAAAUUUUCUGUUCUACAAUUUGUGCCCAGUUACAUCUUUUCUCCUCAGCGACUAAUGAGAAUAACUGAUGCCAGCCCUCUUCAUAACAUCCUUUCAUCCACUUGUAGAUGGUUCCGCCAUCUCCUCUCUGCCAUCUUUUUCCUGGACCUAAUUGGGUCUCUUUGUGGGUCUCACUUGUCAAAUAUUUUAUUAUUUCUCCUGUGCUCAUUUGAGCUCUCCGGUUUAUCUGACUUUUUUUUGGUAAAAGGGUUGCCCUAAACUGCAUGCAGGACUCCGAGGCUUAACCAGUGCUAAGAAGAAUGGAAUAAUUACCCUGCUAAUUUUACAUAUAAUACUCCUGUUGAUGCGACUCAGAAUGGCAUGUGCCCCUCUUAAUAGCAGUGUUGGACUGUUGACUCUUAUUCAGUUCAUCAUCCAUUAUAUCCUGCAGCUCUUUUUCUGUGGCAUGCCUGCCUAGUUCAUUGUUUUGCAAUUGUGCAUCUGAUGAUUCCUUCCUAUGUGAAGCACUCAACAUAUCUUUCCUGAAUAAUACCUGUAAUUUAAAGGCCUUGUCUCAUAUGUGUCAUGAUUGUCCUGUAUUAUGAUCCUAUCCCUCUGCAGUCCCUCUUGGAUCUGUAUUGUUUGUGCAUCUGAAUCUUUAAUGACAAUAUUGACUGGUAUUGGAACCUCCUUCAGAUCUGACAUUGACUCUUGAAUGAAUACAAUUUGUUAAAUGUUAUUCAUUUUUAUAUCCCAUCCUGGAGCAACUCAUCUAGUCCAUAACUCUUGAGUUUCACUCAAAGGAUGGGUUGUGGAAAUGAAUCAAAUAACCGGCUGAAAGCAAUAGCUAUUACAUCCACUGCAUUUCCUUUAUCCAUUAAGUUUUUUCAUCAAACAAACAAACAAAACCUAAGAGCCCUCUCUAGCUCAGACUGAAGUCAAUGGGAAGAUUUGCACUGAUUUUAAUGGGAGAAGGAUUGGUUCCCAUGGUAAACUGCCAUCAAUUUUGACAAAUUUACUUUGCCUAUUAUUUAUCACUUACUUUUGUGUAGGUGCUCAGUAGUUGGCUGCUCUGUUAGCUGUUGGAGCAAUAUGCCAAGUACUGCAGUUAAAUUUACCCAUCUGUAAGUCCUGGGAAUCUCCCUCCUUUGCUCUCCUUCAAAGCAUCCUUUGCUCCUUCUCUACCCUUCCACUGGCUUCACAUUCCUUCAGUUCUCAAACACAGUCAUCAAAGGUUCUGAUACUUCUGCUAAUUCCAAUCGCUCGGUGGGGUGAAUUUCACCAGGCCCUAUGGCUGUGAAUACAUUGAGGUUAUUUGGCUAUUCUGUAAUCUCGUCCUCUCCAUAAUGAACCAUUUCAGCUGCUGCUUUUGUUUUUGUUCUUCCCCCACAUCGGUAAGUAGCAGACCUGCCCUUUUCUGUCAUCCUCUUGCUUCCCACAGAAAUAUUAUAAUGAUGUUUUCUUGUUUCCUUUGCUAGUAUUCUCUGAUUUUGUGCCUUUGCCUUUCUGCUCUCUCCUCUCCUCCUCCCUUAGGAAUCACACAUGUUCACAUGCUUGCAUGCAAUCUCCGUGUCAAUUGUAUUGAGGGUGGUUUCUGCUUGAUUCCUACAUCAGUGCACGGGGUACUCUAAUCCCCAAUUAGUAAUCAGCUCCAUGGCAGUAGACAUACUCUUCCACUCUCCUCCCUACUGAAUCAAUCGAAUGUCUGCUACUUCCUCCAGAUUACUCAGUACUCUGCCCUUUGGCAUUUACCUUCUCCCUGAACAUUGUGGACCCUUUUGUAGAUAACUACUGCAGCAUUUCCCCCCAGCACUGUCUGGACUGCCAAACCCUGACCCAGCCCCAACUCAUAAAGGGCAGCAGCAAUACAAGCAGUGAGAGCUGCAGGCUUGAAUGCAAUGGGUUGGGAUCCCUUCUGCCACUUCCUUUGCUCCCCCACUUCAUUGGGAACUGAAUCAUGGUGUGAACCAAGCUCUAAAUGCCUCCUUUCCUUUGCAUCAGAAAUGGAACCUCUGCCUUUCUCCCCUGCCGAGCUCCACCCUUCCAUGACGGCAUCAAAUGAAGCAGCGUUGCCAACUUUCUCCAUUUCAUCAUACGGUUUGCAUGGCUGGUGUUCUUCUUAAAGACCCAGCUCCUGGAGUCAUUUGAUGACAUGAGAACCUCAGCUUGAAUUUAAAAAAAGUCAGUUUCAUGGUGCAGUAACUCAAAAACGAAAGUCUCAAAAACCAGGUGACAAAGAAGCCCAAAUAGAGUAAUUGUAAAAUCUCAUGAUUUUUAAGCCAAUCCCAUGAUUUUCAGGGGUCUGACACAUGAUGUUUGACCACUUAGGGUUGGCAAUGCUGAUGAUGGCUUAAUACCAGUUUAACUCUGGAAAAGGCUCAAGUACAUUUACAAAUGUUUUUCUCCUAGAGCCAUUGCCAGUGCAUAGUCAUCCCUGUUUUCCUGAAAGGCACCAAAGACUAAAAGCCUCUUUCACUAGACAGGAAAACAGAUCAAGAAUUUAUAUUUGAAGCAGGAUUUUACUAUGAACUGUAAAUACAUUAUGGGGGUAACUACCAGGGAGAGUGAAGAUCUAUUUAAGCUAAAGGACAAUGCUAGCACAAGAACAAAUGGAUAUAAACUGGCCAUGAACAAAUUCAGGCUGGAAAUGAGAAGAAGAUUUCUACCCAUCAGAGGGGUGAGGUUCUGGAACAGCCUCCCAAUUGGAGUAGUGGGGGGAAACAAAUGCAUUAGUUUCAAGAGAGAGCUGGAUGAAUUUAUGAGUGUGAUUGUAUGGCGGGGGUGGGGGCACAGCUAAGCAGGCCUGGGGCUCAUUUCUGAUUUAUGUCCUGUGUUCCUAAAGCUCAGGUUUCAGGGCUUCAGCCAACCACUUAAAGGGGUCAGGAGGGGAUUCCCCCCACAUGUAUUCUGGGAGGUUUUUUCUCUCUUUCCUCUGAAACAUCAGGGAUGGUCACAGCUGGAGA